AUGAAAGGCUUUCAUUCCUCCUCAUUGACUAAUAAUAAUCAUCAUGGCAACACUCCAAAACUCGGCGUUACUGGAUCUUCUCAAGAUAGUAUGAGUUCAUGCCAAAACUCUCCUCAACUCUCCUCUCCUAGCCUUUCUCAGAGAAGAAGACAAUCCAGUGCUUCAACCAAAUCCGUUCAUUACGCCACUCCUGAUGUUGCUGCCGAUAAUUCUCCCAACAUGGUGAUACCUAGUGGUCAACCCAAGAAACUCAGAAAGCAAAUCAAUACCACUGCCUUUAAACAGAAUUACUUUGAAUUGGAUCUAACCUCCUCGAAUGAAGCUAAACUUUUACAGUUUACUCCUGGACAGGAAAAGAAGAAGAAGCCUUCCUCUCGAUCGAGAAGCAGUAGCAGUGCCGCCUCCCAAACACGAAGAAAAUCUGUAGAUGCUGCUCAAGAUGGUUCUACCAAGAAGAGAAAGAAGCCAUCAAAGAAUACUGCUGAACAAGAUCAAGAGGAAGAAUGUUCUUCUGAUCAUCAUGCUCAACAACAUUUGGAAGAGGAUGAAGAAGAGUUAGAAGAAGAUGGUUUAACUUCUCCAAAUUUUGAAACUUUGAGUGCUAACAAGAGACGAAACUCAACUGGUUCCGUUCUCAUGAUGAGCACUUCCAACGUGGGAGCAGCAGCUGCCAAUAAUUCCAACUUGGGUUCCUCAUCAACCAACCAUUUGAACAUUCCUUCCACCAGUCAUAAUAAUAAUCUCUCUUUGUAUCAUUCCAAAACACCACAACAACAACUUUCUGCAGAUUCCCAAAUGAUGAUCAAACACAAACCCAUCUACAACGAAUACAGCAAGAAGCUCUACACGGCUCGAGAAGACUCAUUUGCCAAUAUCUUUACCACUUCCUCAACUUCCUUCUCGACUUCCUCAGUCCCAAGUAAGAAGCCUUUAUUGCAACAACCAUUCGCAGCAACCUCCAUCUCGUCCUCCUCCUCGACUGCUGCUGCUGCUUCUGUAGAUCCAAGCAUGAGUGGAGGAAGUGUUCUCUCGUCCCUUCUUCCCAACCCUUCCUCUGUGGGCGUUGUUCAAUCAGGAAAGAUUGAAAAGUUAAUGAAUGAACCCAUGCCUUUGAUCUAUUAUUUGAAUGCUAUCAGUGCAAAGAAGGAAGAAUUGCAACAGCAACAACAAAACCAUUCUACAACUAUUCCUAAUAAUAAGACUUCCAACUUGAUGUACGAUCCAUUCAGCUCCCAAACGAAUACUGGUCAAUCUCACUCAUCAUUCCUGAAUCAACAACAACAUUCUGUAUCCUCACAGAAUGAAAGCAUCAUGAUGAUGAACACAUCCAUGCCUCAACAAGACUCGAUGGACCUUCAUGGAAUGCCUUUUGGUUUGAUGAUGGAUGCCGACAAGAUGAAUGAAUUGCAACACUUGUUGAAUGAGUUGGAUCCUCACUCCGCAGGUGGAUCAUCCUCAGCCAUUAUGGCCACUCAUUCCUCAGGAACUAUGGAUCCAUCUUCCUUCCAGCAAUUAUGUUUCAGUAUUUCUCAAAGUGCCAAGAAUCCAAACCUUAAUGUGAAUAACAAUAACGCAACCAACAACACAACAAACUCGGCAUUUUUUGGCCAUGAAAUGAAUGCUUGGGACGAUGAUUUGUUGAACAAUAUUCAACAACAACAACAACAAGUGCAACAACCUACCAUUUCAUAUUCGACUUCAACUGCUCCAAGUUUUUUGGAUGAAGACUUCCAGCAACUUGGAAUGAACAACAACAACAACAACAAUUUUGAUGCAUUGUUCAAUCUGGACAAUUUGUAUAGAGCCAUCAGCUCGUCAUCCAACACAACAAGCGCUGCUGGUAGUGAAGCUUCCUCUUACAACCAAUUUGAUUUGUCAGAGCAACUCCAAGCCAAAUCUAGCAUGUUUUUCUUUGAGUGA